AUGUUUAGCAAAAAACAUUUUAUUACUGAAAAUAUUCCUGAUUUGACCGGAAAAGUUGCCAUAGUUACAGGAGGCAACACUGGAAUCGGAUACAUCACCGCAAGAGAGUUAUCUCGUAAAAAUGCACAUGUAUUCAUUGCAAGUCGCAAUAAAGAACGUGGCGAAGGUGCUGUAGAAAAAAUUAAAAAAGAAACUGGAAAUGAUCAAGUAGAAUAUUUAAAUUUAGAUUUAGUUAACCUUAAAAAUGUAAAGAAAUCUGCUGAAAAUUUCCUUUCAAAAAAUUUGCCUUUACACAUUCUUAUCAAUAACGCUGGAAUUAUGGCAACCCCAUGGGCAUUAACUGAAGAUGGGAUUCAGGAUCAAUUUGGAGUGAACCACGUUGGACAUUUCCUAUUCACAAUGACACUUCUCUCUAAAAUUGAAGCUUCGGCACCUUCUCGAAUUGUUAACGUCAGCAGCACCGCUCACAAUUUUGCUCCGGCUGUAGGAAUUGAAUUUGACAAGAUUAAUCAAGACGCUGCGCAAUCAACUUGGCAACGCUACGGUACUUCAAAACUUGCCAACAUCCUUUUUACAGAAUCAUUAUCGAAACGACUUGAAGGCAAAGAAGUUUAUGUUAAUUCAAUUCAUCCAGGUAUAAUAAUUCAACAAAAAAAUAUAUUCCGUUUACAAAGACAAAGACAAUUGUAA